AUGAUUGGGUUGCCUUGUUGUGCAUGGAAUGAUGAUGUCGUUUCUAAGGUAGCUAGGAUGUGGGGUGAUGUAUGUUUUCUAGAUGAUGAUGUGGAUGCUCCAUUGGCAAUCAAGAGGGCGUGUAUUAAGACUUCUAAGCUGGAUUUGAUUCAUGAGACAGUUAAAUUGGUUGCCCAAGGUAUUGAGUAUGAUGUGGUAGUUCGUGAAAUUUCAAAUUGGGGAUCAAAUAUAUUGGAAGAGUGGGAGGUGGGCUUGGAUAUUCCAGACUUGUCAGAUGAAGAGGAACCCAAGGAUUUUUUUGGUGAAGAUACGUGUGAUAUACAAAAAAAUUGUCAGGAGGGUAACAGUAAUGAGGAGGUAGCAGAUUCUCUCAAUGUAGAUAACACUCCAUAUUUAGGUGAUCGAGGAGCUGGUUUUGUAGAUAGAAAAGGUCGUUUCUUUCAAACUAGUGGAAGGAAGAAGAAGGCCUUAGAAUCUUUAUCUCAAUCUCCAACUGAUGAGGAAAUCCGUCAGGGUGGAGUAGUGGGGGGUGAGGCCUCAGAAUCUUUAUCUCAAUCUCCAAGGUUCCAGCAUGAGAAGUUACACGAGAAUUUUAAUCUUAAUGCCUCGGCGUUGAGAUCCUCUGGUUCACAUGGUUCUUCUAAGUUGCUAAAUAAAAAAGUUCCAGUGGGUGUAUAA